AUGCCUCUUGAUUCUACCAUCCGUAAGGUUUCUGGGCUGGUUUCGUGGAUACAGAUGAGUGUGGUGGGGUUUGACAUUGGUAACGAGAACUGUGUCAUUGCUGUAGUUAGGCAACGUGGGAUUGAUGUUUUGUUGAAUUAUGAAUCAAAACGCGAAACCCCAGCUGUUGUCUGCUUCAGCGAGAAGCAGCGGCUUUUGGGUUCUGCUGGUGCUGCUUCUGCUAUGAUGCACAUCAAGUCCACAAUAUCUCAAAUAAAGAGACUGAUAGGAAGGAAAUUCGCAGAUCCUGAUGUGGAUAAAGAGCUGAAAAUGCUCCCUCUUGAAACUUCUGAGGGUCCAGAUGGAGGCAUUUUAAUUCACUUGAAGUACUUGGGGGAGAUCCAUGUAUUUACACCAGUUCAAAUAUUGUCCAUGGUGUUUGCUCAUUUGAAGACUAUGACCGAAAAAGAUUUGGAGAUGCCCAUUUCGGAUUGUGUUAUUGGGAUCCCAUCAUACUUCACGGACUUGCAGAGACGGGCAUAUCUUGAUGCAGCGAAAAUUGCUGGGUUGAAGCCUCUUAGAUUUAUCCAUGAUUGUACUGCAACUGCCCUUAGUUAUGGAAUGUAUAAAACAGAUUUUAGCAGUACAGGUCCUGUUUAUGUUGCAUUUAUUGACAUUGGUCACUGUGAUACUCAGGUCUCUAUUGCAUCAUUUGAGUUUGGGAAAAUGAAGAUACUUUCACACGCAUCUGACAGGAGCUUAGGGGGGAGGGACUUUGAUGAGGUUCUUUUUAGUCAUUUUGCAGCAAAAUUCAAGGAGGAGUACAAUAUUGAUGUGUAUUCUAAUACCAAGGCAUGCUUUAGGCUACGUGCAGCAUGUGAGAAAUUGAAGAAAGUUUUGAGUGCAAAUCUGGAGGCGCCUCUAAAUAUCGAGUGCUUGAUGGAUGAGAAAGAUGUUAAGGGCUUUAUCUCAAGGGAAGAAUUUGAGAAUCUGGCAUCAGGAUUAUUAGAGAGACUUUCUAUUCCUUGCCACAGAGCAUUAACUGAUGCAAAGUUGACAGUGGAGAAGAUUUCUUCUGUAGAGCUAGUCGGUUCUGGUUCUAGGAUUCCAGCUAUAAGUACAUUACUAAUUUCUUUAUUCAAGAGAGAACCCAGUAGGCAGCUGAAUGCAAGUGAGUGUGUAGCUCGUGGUUGUGCUCUACAGUGUGCAAUGCUCAGUCCCGUUUAUCGUGUGAGAGAAUAUGAGGUUGAGGAUGUUAUUCCCUUUUCAGUUGGACUUUCAUCAGAUGAAGGUCCAAUUGCUGUGAGAUCAAAUGGUGUACUUUUCCCAAGAGGCCAACCUUUUCCAAGUGUCAAAGUUAUAACCUUUCAGCGAAGUAAUUUGUUUCAUUUGGAAGCUUUCUAUGUUAAUCCAGAUGAACUACCACCUGGGACAUCUCCUAAAAUUAGUUGUGUUACGAUUGGCCCUUUCCAUGUAUCCCAUGGUAGUAAGAGCAGAGUUAAAAUUAGAGUUUCACUUGAUAUACAUGGAAUUGUCAGUAUUGAAUCAGCUACAAUGAUCAAGGAUGACAUGGAUGAUUCAGUUAUGGUGGGUGAAUAUAAUUCAAAUUCUGGUUCAAUGGAUAUUGAUCCCAUUCCUGAGACAGUUGCCAAUGGGUUUAAUGAUAUUACCAAUAAGAAGUUCGAAUCUCCAUGUAGUUCUGCUGAUGGUACAAGGAAAAAUAAGGCUAACAGAAGGCUUGAUGUUCCUGUGAAUGAGAAUAUCUAUGGUGGAAUGACAAAGGCAGAAAUCUCAGAAGCUCGUGACAAAGAACUCCAGUUGGCCCAACAGGACAGAAUUAUAGAGCAAACCAAAGAAAAGAAGAAUAGCUUGGAGUCAUAUGUAUAUGAUAUGAGGAAUAAGCUCUUCCACACAUAUAGAAGCUUUGCGAGUGAACAAGAGAGGGAUGACAUAUCUAGGAGUCUUCAAGAGACUGAGGAAUGGCUUUAUGAGGAUGGUGUCGAUGAGACUGAGCAUGCUUAUUCUUCAAAACUGGAAGAUCUGAAAAAGCUGGUAGAUCCAAUUGAGAAUCGGUUCAAAGAUGAAAAAGAAAGAGUGCAAGCCAAAGAUGAUUUAUCAAAGUGCAUCUUAAAGCAUCGUGGGUCUGCAGAUUCCCUUCCACCCCAGGAUAAAGAACUGAUCAUCAAUGAGUGCAAUAAAGCAGAGCAGUGGUUGAAAGAGAAGACCCAGCAACAAGAAUCCUUUCCCAAGAAUACUGACCCAAUAUUAUGGUCAAGUGAUAUUAAGGGCAAGAUAGAGGAGUUGAACUUAACAUGCCAACACAUAUCGGGAUCCAAGGCUUCUCCAUCUCCAGAAGACGAAGACAUGCCAGAUACUUCCAAUGAUUCAUGA